AUUUCAAACACCCGAAAAUCGGAACUUUUCUACUAACAAACUUGACCAACAGCCUCGCUGAUGUCUGCUUACGAGUGCACGGUUUUGCGCCUUUUGUGCGGCAACUUCGCCCUUCGCAUAACAGUCUGAACUUGUACACAGAACUUCGACUCGAUCUACGAUUCUCCAUCGCCUAAUUAAUUCGUUCAUUUGUGCCUCCAAGAGUUAUGAAUUCAUGUCCUUCAAGAUUCUUUGCGUGCAGCUCGCUGUGGCAUGUCCGGCAUGCGCUGCCCACAGCUCAGCGAAGGCUGGCAUGCAAUAGUAGCAAGGCCAAAACAGAGUGUCCCAGCAAAGCGGCAGCCACGCAAUCGUUAUCUUCGACCCAGUUCUGGAGCUCAACGUCAGUCUGGAAACGAGCAGGUAUCAACACCAUCCGCUGCCUCAUUGGAUGCACAGCUGGCGACUUCUCUGCCAUGUGGUAUUUGCAAUCCUUCCAUGCAGACAUUGGGUUAUCAACCAUAAUGGCCGUGUCCAUGGCCUCUGGAAUUACCGCAUCGCUUUUUCUUGAGACAACUCUGCUCCGCCUAGGUCGUGAUCGCCUACCGUGGUUCGCUGCUGCCAAGACAGCUGCAGGCAUGAGCAUGAUUUCUAUGCUCACGAUGGAAGCUGCCGAAAACGUUGUCGACUUCCAUCUCACCGGCGGCAUGGUCCAGUUUGAUUCACCUGCGUUUUGGGGCGCAGCAGGGCUCUCAGUUGCUGCAGGCUUUCUAGCACCUCUGCCAUACAACUAUGUCCGACUAAGAAAGUAUGGCAAGGCUUGCCACUAAAGCUAAAGCAUUACGCUCCCAGACAACCCGUGGAAGCGUACUUGAUCCGAUUGUGCACGUUGGAAAGUUCUGAGUUUCACAUCAAUGUCCGUCACGGGCUGGAAGACUUCAAGUCAUCGAAACAGUUAAUAGUACGCGCAAGUGCAGCAUUCUGAUUGCUGAUGUACCUUUGCCUGACUCUUGCACAAACGAGGUGUUCGAAAAGCCGGAAGCCUUCCAUGCAGCGGCAAUGCAAAAGAUCGACAACGUGGCCCUCGCUUCGC